UUAAAAAUUACGGAACCUAUUAACGGUUGAACCGUUUCCGUUCCGUCAGUGAAAUCUGUCCGAUAUGCUAACAUGCCAUCACUAGUGCACAAAAGAAGUUUGGUAAAAAGAUAACUUAACUCUGUGAUAUAAAUCUAAUGUUAGGUUGAUAUUAAAAAUGACUGUUAUAAAAAUGAUAUCCUGGAUGAUAUCUGCCACGUGUUUCCUGGUUGUGACGGCAGCAGCGGAGGAGAUGGUGAUCAUACCUGGAGGUCAGAUGUUAAUGGGAACCAAUGCAGCUGAUGGGAGAGAAGGAGAAUCUCCCACUAAGGAAGUCGAACUUCAGGAUUUUAGAAUAGACAGAUACCCUGUCACAAAUACAGAUUUCAGAGACUUUGUGAGAGCACAGAAGUAUAAAACUGAAGCUGAGACGUUUGGGUGGAGCUUUGUUUUUCAAGACUUUGUGUCAGAGGAGCUGAAGAGCAAAGUCACGCAAAGGAUUGAGUCUGCUCCUUGGUGGUUGCCUAUAGAACGGGUGUUUUGGAGACAGCCUGCAGGACCAGGUUCAGGCAUUAAGGAGCGCCUGGACUUCCCGGUGGUUCAGGUGAGCUGGAACGACGCUCAGGCUUACUGCCAGUGGAAGGGGAAGAGACUGCCCUCUGAGGAGGAGUGGGAGUGGGCUGCACGUGGGGGGCUGCAAGGAAGAACCUAUCCAUGGGGGAACAAGUUCCAGGCCAACAGAUCCAACCUGUGGCAGGGCUCAUUUCCAGACGGGGACACUGCUGAGGACGGACACCACGGCGUCUCUUCUGUCACAGCGUUUCCUCCUCAGAACAGUUAUGGACUUUACGACAUGAUGGGAAACACAUGGGAAUGGACAUCCACAACCUUUCGAGGUGCGCAGCCGAUGUACGUGCUGCGUGGUUCCUCCUGGAUCGACACAGUGGACGGCUCAGCCAAUCACAAGGCACGAGUAACAACCAGGAUGGGAAACACUCCUGACUCUGCGUCUGAUAACCUGGGGUUCAGGUGUGCUGCCAGCGACACAGAGAAGAAGAAGAAGAAGAAAGACAGAACUGAUCUGUAACAAACUCUUUUUGGAGGACAUUGUUGAUCUUUGAUCUGAACAUGAUUCAGAUGUUGAUGAUGGAUCUGAUUACUUUCAUGAUGAUGAAGAAGAAGAAGGGAUAACAAAGGAAGCAAUGAGAGAAGAAGAGUGUAGAAACAAAAUGUUUAUCUCCUGUGGAGAUCUUUUUUUUUUAUGAAUUUGAUAAAGAAUAAAAACAAACAUAUUAACAUCAAGGAAUAAAAUAUCAAAGAAAGAA